UUAGCCUCCCCGUCACGUCCUUUCUCAAAAGGGCAUGGGCUGAUUGUACACAUGAUGAGCCCCCGGUCGUCUGAUUGACAGUGUGUGGCUGAAUUAUGAUGGCCCAUGAUGAUACUCUCGUUCACCACCACUCACUCUUGCAAACUUUCUUUAGUGUGCGGCUGCUAUAUGACGGCCGACGAUCGCCGGUUCACCACCACUCACUCUUCCAAACCACACUUGAGUUCGCCAGUUUUCCAUUUAUUCUCUGCAAAUCUUGUGAGCGGCCAUGGCGGAGAAGACGGUGGUCCUCUACCCCUCACUAGGCGUCGGCCAUUUGAACCCCAUGGUGCAGCUGGCCAAGGCCUUCCUCCGCCGCGGCGUGGCCGUCACCAUCGCCGUCGUCGACCCGCCGGGGAAGGACCCCGUGCUGGAAGCCGCGGUCACCCGCCUCGCCAGCGCUUCCCCCUCCAUAGCAGUCCACCUCCUGCCCAUCCAGCCUGCGAGCACCAAUGAGCAGCACUCCAACACAGCCUUGCGUAUGCUCGACGAGCUCCGCCUCGCAAGCCCUGUGCUCCGGGAGUUCCUCCGCUCGCUCCCUGCCGUCGACGCCAUCGUCCUCGACAUGUUUUGCGUCGACGCCCUCGACGUCGCCGCUGAGCUCGCCGUCCCCGCCUACAUGUUCUACGCGUCCGCCGCCGCCGACCUCGCAAUCUACCUCCAGGUUCCUGAUGUCUUCCGCGCGGCGCCUUUCUCGUUCAAGGAUAUGGGAGACGCGGCGCUGCCCUUCUCCGGCGUGCCGCCGGUUCGCGCUCUGGACAUGCCGGACACCAUGUCAGACCGGGAGAGCGACCUGUGCAAGAGAAGAGUGCAGCAGCUCGCGCGGAUGCCGGAAGCGAGAGGCAUUCUGGUGAACAGCUUCGAGUGGCUGGAGUCGAGAGCCGUCAAAGCUCUCCGGGAUGGCCUCUGCGUGUCCGGCGGCCGCUCCACGCCGCAAAUAUACUGCAUCGGGCCAUUGGUCGACGGCGGCGCGAGCGGUCAAAGUGGCGAGAGGCACGCUUGCCUCGAGUGGCUGGACAAGCAGCCAAAGCAGAGCGUGGUGUUCCUCUGCUUCGGUAGCGCGGGGGUUUUCUCGGCGGCUCAGCUGAGAGAGAUGGCAGGCGGGCUAGAGAACUCCGGGCACCGGUUCCUGUGGGCCGUGCGUAGCCCACGCGAGGAGCAGAGCAAGUCCGGCGAACCGGACUUGGAGGCGUUGCUUCCUGAUGGUUUCUUGGAGAGAACCGGAGACAGGGGCUUGGUUCUGAAGAACUGGGCGCCACAGGCGGAGGUGCUGCGGCACGAGGCCGUGGGAGCGUUCGUGACGCACUGCGGGUGGAACUCGGCGCUGGAGGCGGUCAUGUCCGGCGUGCCGAUGAUCUGCUGGCCGCUGUACGCGGAGCAGAGGCUGAACAAGAUACACCUGGUGGAGGAGAUGAAGAUUGGGGUGGCGGUGGAGGGCUACGAGGAGUCGUCCGUCAAGGCCGAGGAGGUGCAAGCCAAGGUGAGGCUGGUAAUGGAGUCGGAGGAAGGGCAAAAGCUUCGAGAGAGGGCGGCCAUGGCGAAAGGGAUGGCUGCAGACGCCGUCAAGGAAGGUGGAUCUUCCGACGUGGCAAUUUACGCCUUCUUGAAGCAUGUGGAAGAUGAAAGAAGCUCGAGGAGCGCCAAAUCCGGCCAUUAAUAAGUGAUCAACCUCCGAUGAUGUGACCUCUUUUCGUCAGAAAAGAUGGGGGCGCAAGAUGCGCGAGUCGUGCUGGGCUCACUCUUUCUCAGAAAAAAGGAAGAAGGAAAUCAAAAGAGAUGCGGUGGCUUCUCUGGGAUUCCAUGGUGUGAUGCUUGUCCUUUGCCUCUUUCGCAAGAUUUGUACGGUGCAGACGUGCGUGUCGAAUUCGUAAUUUAGCUCUUCUGCAACAUUUGGCCUUUAGUGAGACGUUGCAUAUUUCUUA